ACCAAUUGGCAUGACUUCUUCGGCUCCGGCCGUCGGACGCAUCGCUUUCGUGGACACGGAGUUGAGUGCGAGUCCCGUCUGCAGACACGGACCCACUCUUCUCCUCCAAGACGUGGACACAAAUGGCAGAUAUUAUUGUUGCUCUUCGUGUCGGAAGCGAAAGGAUUGCGAUUUCCAUAUGACUGAAGAGGAAUGGAUUGUCACACAAAGCAAACCAAAACUGAUGGCUAAAUAUAGGCGAAGAGUUAGCCAUUUAAUGGCCACAGAAAGUGAGAAAUACUUUUACGACAAACGAGUGAAACAAUUGGAAAGAAUGGAGUUUUGCCGCAACUGUUCGCUCAUAAUCUCGACCACGGAUUCGCUGAGUGAUCACAAGACACACGAACUCAUGUGCGGUAUAAGUGGCAGACAAUUGCGAAGACCGACAAAACUGAUGAACAGUUUGACUGACAAUAGAUUUUGCGCUCAAUAUUUGUUUUCAAAGCAAACGAUUCGGACACACGAACUCAUGUGCGGUAUAAGUGGCAGACAAUUGCGAAGACCGACAAAACUGAUGAACAGUUUGACUGACAAUAGAUUUUGCGCUCAAUAUUUGUUUUCAAAGCAAACGAUUCGGGUUUUAAUGAAUGAAAUUUUAGUGAAAAACCAAUUUUCGCGAGUCGUGUGUAUCGGCUGUCCAUCGCUUCACGAAUACAUCGAUUGCCAUAAAAAUGCACUCAACAUGAAAAGCCUUUUACUGGACAUUGACUGCAGAUAUAAACAGUUUUAUUCACCGAAAAAAUAUUUAAAAUACAAUUUAUUUAAUAAUUAUUUUUUCGGUGGCGUUAAAGACGAGAAAACUUUUAGACGAUUUAUCGCUAACUCUGUGAAAGAGCCGAUAGUUGUGUUAAUAGAUCCGCCAUUUGGUGGACUAAUUGAUCCGAUGGCCAAAACCAUAGACAAGAUAAGCGAGAUUUGGCGCAAAUAUCACCAAAUAAGCGAUGAGAGCAUAAAGAUUCCGGUUUUACUAUUUUUCCCGUAUUUUAAUGAACAUCGGAUCAAAACAACAAUACCUGUGCUCUCAAUGUCUGACUUUAUGGUCGAUUAUGAAAAUCACCGCAAAUUCAAAGCCACCGAUUCUGGCCGUAAGUUUGGAUCUCCGGUCAGAAUAUUUACGAAUAUUAAGUUGUCGUCAAUUGUUUUGCCCGAAACCGAUGGCUAUUAUUAUUGCGAUUAUUGCGAGAAAUAUAUCUCAGAAAAUAAUAAACAUUGUUUUGAGUGCAAUGACUGCACCGCUAGAGAUGGCAAACCAUAUAAUCAUUGCUACCAAUGCAAGAGAUGUGUGAAGAAUACAUGGAAUCACUGCAAUCGAUGCGGUUAUUGUCAUCUCAUUCAACACUCGUGUACUAGACAUCCAUUUGAAGACAAAUCAGAAAUAAUUGUUAACAAAAAGAGAAAACAU